CGGCACUUGAAUGAAGAGUUGAAGAACCGAAGGUCUCCUUUCUUACAGCUAAUGCUUCCACGCCAAUUGUCCCCGCCAAAUGAAAAGGCCAAGUUCCCGUUCACGUCGCCAGAGUUCCGGCUCCGGCUACAGCACACCCGAACACCGCCAUAUCUACUCCUCCAGCUAUGAUUCCUCCAGUGUCACCAUCCACAGGUCAAACUCCUCUUGGAACCCAGUCGCGGUUGCGGCCAGAUCAGUGGCUGCGGUUUUUGUUGGUUGCUUCACCCCACCGGAUGAGAGUAACUCCAGGAGCUUCGUGGAUUCUCAGGAGUUCAAAGCUUCCUCUUCAUCCUCCGUUGUAUCUGAUUCUUCGGGAACCGGUAGUCAGAGAACGCAUAGUUCAAAUAGACGAAUCAGUUCCAGUUCAUACAAGUCAACUCAGGGAAAUGAUCCUAGACCUCUGAAUUUCACCCUGGAGCGUAUCUUCCAAGCCACAAGAAACUUCUCCCCCGCUUACAAGGUCGGUCAAGGUGGUUUUGGUACAGUGUACAAGGCAAAUCUCCAGAAUGGAACUGUUGUUGCAGUAAAGCGUGCCAAAAAGAGUUUAUAUGAGAAGCAUUCGGGUGUUGAGUUCCAAAGUGAGAUCCAAACGUUAUCACGGGUUGAACAUUUGAAUUUGGUCAAGUUCUAUGGAUAUUUAGAGCAAGGAGAUGAAAGAAUUCUUGUUGUGGAGUAUGUCCCAAAUGGAACCCUUAGAGAGCAUUUAGAUUGCAUUCGAGGGAACAUUUUGGACCUUGCUUCUCGUCUAGACAUUGCGAUUGAUGUGGCUCAUGCUAUCACCUAUCUUCAUAUGUAUAUAGAUCAUCCUAUUAUUCAUAGAGACAUUAAAUCCUCCAACAUUCUUCUUACUGAAAACUUGCGAGCGAAGGUAGCAGACUUUGGUUUUGCUAGACAGGCACCUGACAGUGAUUCUGGUGCGACCCAUGUAUCCACCCAAGUUAGAGGAACUGCUGGCUACUUGGAUCCUGAAUAUCUCAGAACCUACCAACUGACUGAGAAGAGUGAUGUCUAUUCAUUUGGCGUUUUACUUGUUGAACUUGUCUCAGGUAGACGUCCCAUUGAACCAAAAUUUGAACUGAAGGAGAGAAUAACUGCAAAAUGGGCUAUGAAGAAAUUCAUUGGCGGUGAUACCAUCUCGGUGUUGGACCCGAAACUAGAUCACACUGCCGCAAAUAAUCUGGCGCUAGAAAAGAUACUUGAACUAGCCUUGCAGUGUUUGGCACCUCAUAGACAAAACAGGCCUAGUAUGAAGAAAUGCGCCGAGAUCCUUUGGGCCAUCCGCAAGGAUUACAGAGAGCUAUCAGCUUCAGAUUUUCGUUCAUUUUCCUCUUCUUCCCAGAGGAGUGCAUCAAUAAAAGAGUGAGAAACGCAAAAAGAUUUCUUUGAAGGAUAAAUAAUAUGCAUUCGUCAAAAAACCUUAGGUUCAUUGAUCUCUAGUCCUUGAAAUUGAUAUACACAAAUUGUUCCUUACAAGUAACAAACUCAUCACAAGUUAUUUACAAGGAUUAGCGGGUGCAUUGACAUGCCAGAGCUAAAUCGAUGUAAUAAUUCAGGGGCCAAUCAGUUGGUUUAGAAUACAGGUGUAAGUGGAUAUACUGGUAAUUUUAUGGAACUUGUAGAUAGCAUUUUUGUUCCAGAAAAACCUGUCUUUUGCUUUCUGUGAUCUUUUAACUUGCCUUCUUUUGAAGAAA